CCCAGACUCGUUCAAGUACUCCGAGCUUUUUUUCUGUCGUCGAAAGAUGAGCUUCCAUUUUGAUCUCUCCGUUAAGCCGCCUGAAGGCAACGAUGAAAUGACCAAUUUCCUGUCCCACUCGCUUGUCGAGUUUUUCGGGGCGAACCCACGCCGCCUCAACGAAGUCAUCUACAUCAUUCUUCGCCAAGACCGCAUCUCCUUGCGCAUGCUCGAUUGGUUCAUUGUGAACUAUUCCAGACGCAACAGCGUUCGCUACAGGGUCGACGGUGCUAUAUUCUACGUGUACGAGAACUACAAGGCCCAGCUUCGAGCCUACAGCAAGAAGCGAUUCGACCCCUUCCGUCGUUUUGGUCGUUUCACCAUGACCACCCUCCACCCGCAGACCCAGCAGCCCGUCAGCUUCGAGACCACCAUCGGGCAGCUCUGCUUCUUCAAGUGGUGCAUCCAGAACAGGGUGAUUGCCUACAUCCGCCGCCACUUUAUUGAGAUUUUCAAUGUCCUCAAGCGCAAGCGCAUCAAUCGCAACAAGGGCGCCGACAAGUUUGAUCAGGAGCUGGAUGAGCUCUUGGUCGAGUCGGAUGCCCCGAGCGGUUACUCGACGCCUUGGGGAGAGGGCUCAGAGUCCUUGGAUGGCGUCGACUCCCCGUAUGUCGUCAGGUUCGACUGAGCCAGCUGCUUGCGUGCAGCUUCGACAUCUUUGUAGCCGUAUGCGACAAGGGCCAUCAAUAUAGCGUCACAUACAUCAUCCUUCUUGUGGAAGUCGGCGAGUAGGGGACCGAGACCGAGGUGGUAGCAGAGCUUGACACCGCACUGCUUUCGGCCUUGAUACGUCUCCUUCACCAAGGGCCCAAGAGUGUCGGUCGGCCAGUUCGUCCAUUGGUCCAGCUUGAGCAUACUGUGGAUGAACUCGACUCGGUAUCCGUAGCCAUAAUGGAAUCCACAGAGCUGGAAGAGAGCAUAUAUGUCAUUGGCGAGAAUGCAGAGCUGGUCGUUGAAGAUUGGCGGCUUCUCGAUGAUCACUCGUGUUGUGCGCUGCAUGAGCUCGGCGGGCUCGGAUCCGUCGACCAUCCCGGAGAAGAAAUACGCCUCCAUGAACUGGGGCUCGCCGUCGAUGCGGUUGAGAUGGAGUAUCUCGAGAUCCUCGGAUAUGA